CUGAGAGCAAACACAAUAUCUUUAAGUACCGAGUCACUUGUAACAAUGGGAAGCAAGAAGGAAAAGAGAGAGAAAGACAAGAAAGGCAAGAAGGACAAGAAGGAAAAGAAGGACAAGCAUAAGAAGGAAAGGCAUCGCAGGCGCUCCAGUUCGAGCAGCUCAGAUAGCGAUGAUGAUGUUGAGGGGGCGGAGCAGCAGCUACGGCGUGAGCGAGCUGCAGUCGUCAAGCUGCGCGACGUCCUCUCCGAGUACCCGGCGGUCCGCAAGGAGCUGCGGGAGAUGCUGUGGCGAGUCGACCAGGGCGAGGCCGCCAACAUAUCUGGGGUGCCGGACCCGGUGCUGAAGGGCCACCUGGCGCAGCUGCUUGAGCUGCUGCGGCUGCGCAGGAAUGACAAGGGCAUCUUCGGCCUCAUCAACCGCAAUGAGCGGAUCCUGCCUGUGGUGGGAUUUGUGUUCGACGAGCCGCCGCGCCCGCGGCCCGCGCCUGCACCUGCGCCGCCGCCGGCCCCUGCGCCUGCGCCUGAGGCAGGACGGGACGCACGGCCUGCGGGUGACCAGGGGAAGCAGCAGCCAGUGCCGCCAAAAGAGGAGGAGCGUGAGCAGCGGCCGAGGCCAGUGGUGGGGCCAUCCUUAGGGCCAGCAGGUCCCCUGAAGCGGGAGCCGGCCGCAGAUGACGACGAGGAUGGGAAGGUGGAGGCAGUGGGGCCGGAUGACGAGGACGACGAUGAGGAGCGCGGCCAGGCAGGUCCCAGCGUGCGCGUGGCGGGUCCUGCCAUGCCGCCGCCGGGGAGAAUGAAGUCUGAGGAUGGGCCGGAUGAGGCGGCAGCACCAGAAGCAGCCCCCAGCCCAGCAGUAAAAGAAGAAGAGCCCGCCGCUGACGCAAGUGGGGAGCCGCCAGGCCCGGCGCCGGGGCCGGCCAAGCGGCGUGUGGCUGGCCCGGCCAUGCCGCCGCGGGAGCUGCUGGAGGCGGCGGCGGCAGCUGCGGAGGCGCUGGCGGCUGGGGGCGUGGAGGGGGACGAGGAGGAGGACUAUGGGGACCUGGUGGGGCCGCCGCCGCCGGAGAUGGUGGAGGAGCUGGACGCGGCGCCGCAGGACGACCGCAAGGCGGAGGUGGUGCGCAUCAUCAAGGUGCUGCGGGAGCACGCCGCCUCUGUCAAGGCGCCGCCCGGCGGCAGCAGCCUGCUGGCAGCAGCGGCGGACCCGACCCACAUCGACGCCUACGCCGUGCUGGGUGUGGCCGCCACCGCCGCGCCGGGCGAGGUGAAGAAGCGCUACAUGCGGCUGUCGCUGCUUAUCCACCCCGACAAGUGCGGACACGCCAUGGCGCAUGAGGCCUUCCAAGCGGUGGCCACGGCGGCCAAGGUGCUACAAGACUCGGGGCUGCGCUCCGCGUUGGACGAGCGGCGUGCGGACCUGGAGCUUCGCAAGAAGGCGGAGGCGGCGGCGGCGGCGCAAGAGCGCGAGCGGCAGUGGCGGGUGGCGCGCGGCGAGGAGGUGCUAGUGGCAGGCCCCAGCGGGCCCAUGGGUCCUGAGCGCGAGACGUGGAUGACGGAGCUGCCUCCCGAGCUGUCGGCGCGCAUUGGCGGCGGCCAGGUCAGCCAGACCAGCGUGCGAGCCUUCAACCAGCGCGGCAAGACCGGGCGUGGCGACACCAGCGGCUGGACCGACACGCCCGAGCAGCGCAAAGCCAAGGAGGCGCAGGCGUUACUGGCGGCGGCAAGCGACGCCUAUGUCCGCGCCCUCCCUGCUGCGGGCGCUGAUGGGGGAGCAAUCACCGGGCCCAGUGCUGGGCCGGUUGCCGGGCGGUCCGCUGCAGCGGCUGCGGCCGUGGAUGCUUUCAAUGCCGCGGGCAACCGGCAGAAGAGCCUGAUGGAGGUGCACCAGGAGAUGCAGGAGAAAGCCAAGGCGGAAGCCAAGGCGGCGCGAAAGGCAGCCAAGGCCGCAAAGAAGCAGAAGCUGGCGGACGGCAAAGCAGCGGGCAAGGGCGGCGAGGGCGAUGAUGAGGAGGGCGACUGGCCGUGGCGGCCGUUCGACCGGGACCGGGAUUUGGACCUCAAGCCGCGCGCCAAGUCGGGCAACGAAAUUCUCAAAAGCGCAACUGCCUUGGGAAACAAGUUCAGCGGCGGCAACGUGCAACGGCACUUCUUGUAGUUGGGGAGGUUUGCGCAGGAGUCUAGAGAUGGAGUGCGGUCGGCGUUGGCACUGGCGUUGGCGGGCAGAAACAAUCUUGGCGGCGGGGAGCUGUGACGAGGAGCGAGCUCGGCCGAAUUAGUGCCGAGACAGCGCAGCGUGCUGCGCUGGUCAACGCGACGGCGCACGCGUGACGGGGCUCGACACGCGCACCAAGAGGCUCUAAAAGCAGGGUGUCGUCGAAGCGAUCCUGCCGGGCCUGACCGUUUACGUUCCAGCUUCCUAUUUCGAGUCCGAGCGAGACACCUACCGCGGCCCAGCUUCGUGUACAAGAGGCGCGGGGUGCGGCCACCAAGGCUUCAGAUUCAUGUGACGGGAAGGUAUGAUUGGUUGAAUAUUUCAUGUUGUUGAAAGUGGCCAUUGCUUUACUGGCGCGGCCGAGGUGUAAGGACAGCCUGGGGGCUUCCACAAUGACACGGCGUGUUUUGCCCAUCGGCAGACGAGCACAGUAAGCUAAAUAGCGA